AUGUCUCUAGAAGAAGCAUUAAAACCAGUUGAUCAUUUUAUUGAAGACCUGCCAGGAUAUGCAGCUAUUGUCAAAAAGGAUUGUACAAAUCCUGAAGAUGGACUAACACAAGAUGAGUCGGCUUCUAUUAUGAUCUUCGGUAUGGAAUGUGGAGAAACUUCUCUUUAUAGAAUAUUCAAUACAGCAUUACGCUCAGAAAACACCGAUAAAAUAAAACCAUGGUUUUCAUAUUUGAAAUUAUUCAUGACAGCACUGCAUAAAUUGCCAUCAUUUCAAGGAGUAGUUUGGCGUGGACUUCAAAUCGACCUUAGUAUGGAAUAUACUAAAGGUCAACGUCAUACCUGGUGGACUGUAUCAUCCACAACUUGUGAUGCAUCAAUAUUAGGAAAUCUUAUGCAUCAGUCUGACAAACGUACAGUACUUACAAUUGAAUGUAGAAAUGGAAAAUUCAGCAAAAAUCAUUCUAUGUAUCCUCAAGAAGAAGAAGUGUUAUUAAUGCCAGGAUUUCACUUUGAAGUUACGAGUGUAUUAAAAGCGGCACCUGAUAUGCAUAUAAUUCCCCUAAAAGAAAUUGAUUCACCAUGGUGA